AUGUUGGGGACAAAUAAAUUGGUGAUCUGGGUGAUGACAGGUCUAUUUGCUGUCACCACUGUUUUCUUCAAUGUUUACAUCUUAUUGAUGAGUGUUUUGAGAUACAGACAGAAAAAGCAGUGGAGUCCCAGUGAAACCAUCAUCAUGGCUCUGUCCAUGGCCAGUGUGACUCACCAGGUGGUCUGUUACGUCUGGAUGACCAUGGAUGAAUUGGACAUUAAGUGUCUCAUUGUUCAGACGCCCUACACCGUCAUUCUGCUCAUCAUCUACAGCCUCAAGUUCACCAUAAUGUGGGACACCAGCUUCCUCACUUUCUACUACAGCACCAAGCUGGUGAGCACGCCCAACCUCUGCUACACACACAUCCAGACCGCCAUCCUCAAGCACGUAACCUUGGUGGUUUUCCUCAUCCUGCUGUGCGGCCUGGGUACCUGCAUGCCAAUGCUCGUGGUGUUCCACGCUGACAACCAGACCACGACCAACAAAGAUUGCGGGGUUUUGAUUCCCAACACCAAGCCUGGUCAGGUUUACGAAGUCAUCUAUCUACUCCUUGCUGACGUGCUCCCAGGCUUGCUCAUGGCGAAAUGCUGCAUCUCCAUCUCCAUGCAUCUGGCCAUCCACCUCCGCAACAUGAGAGCCAGCACCAACGGAGCCCACCGCCCAAAGCUGGGCUCUCAGAUGAGGGUGAUCCAGAUGGCUUUAUCUCUAGUGGCCAUCUUCACUGUGUUCCUUGUUGUCGACUUAUAUGUGAACUACCAGAUAUCUGUGAACCACGAGAACGCCAUUGUGCUCACAUUCUUUGUCACGUCCAUCUACACGACCGUUACUGCUAUGGUUCUGAUCUAUGGCAAAAAGACUCACUGGAAAACUCUGAUACACGAAUUCAACGUCUGCCUGGAUGAAUAUCCGUGUGUGUCUUGUCUAAAGGUGCCUGAAGAAAAAGCUCCACCCAGCGCUCCUGCAAAAGUAAAAUAG